AUUCCCCGCUCCUUCUCGUUUGCUUCUGCACCUCAGAAGCUUCCGAGUCAGAGGGGGAGCAAAGACCCCCCUUUGGUUCCUUUUCUUUCCUCCCCAGCUGAUUUUGUGUUCUUUCUUGCUGGGUUUCGAUCGAUCGAGCAAAGAAUUGGAGAGAGAUACAGGUUCUUGGAGAGAGAGAGAGAAAGAGAGAUGCUUGUUUCUAUGUGUUUUCUUGGAGGAUAUAUUGUGUGAAGGAAGUCGCCCUUUCCAUUAGUUUUGUUCAUGAGUUGGGGCUGCAAUCUUGGAGAGUUGGCGUUAAAAAAAUUCCGUUUUUGACUGUUUCCGUUGUGUGUGUGUGCGUGUGUGUGAUUUCUUUUCGGCCUUCUUGAAGCAAUUUGGGUUAUCUCCUGGGAGGAUUGGUGGUUGGAUUCUUGUGUUUUCUCUCUUCUAGUAGUUGAAGGGUGGAAGAAGGUAUCUUUUGUGGGGGGCAAUUUAGGCUCUUAUAUGAAGAAUUUGGGGGACCAAACCAACUGCUUCUGGUUCUUGAUUUCCCAGGAGGUUUUGAUCUGAUUGUUUUCCUUGGUGAAAUUUGGUGAGAGAGCUUCCUUCAAUCCUCUACUUCUUUUGAUGGAUGAAGGUGGCAGGAAGCACAUUUAAUUCUCCUCUGUAGACAAGCCACAAACUUGGACUUGGAAUUUGAUCCUUUCUUGGGAGGUUUUGGAGUAAAGGAGUCGAAUUUAGUUUCUUGGAGAAAAUUUUUGUAAUUCGGUGCUAAAGUUUGGAGGUUAAGUCUGUUGAUCCAAGAAUUUGGGAGAGGCAAUUUGGGAGUUUUCCUUUCUACAGGAUUGGACGUCGCUAAUGGCACAAUCUGAAAUUCCUGCAUUUGGGAGCUGGGACACCACCGGCAACACACCUUACACACAGAAGUUUGAGAAUGCGCGUAAAAACAAGAAACCGGGCAUUUCUUCCCAUCCAAAUGACCCAAGGAGGCACCCUGAACCUCCAACCAGGUCACCUUUGCAUCCAGCAUACACACCUGAUACCCAGGGCCAAAACCCACUGAAUCCACCACAUGGAAGAAGGCAUGAGGCUGAUCCCCAUAGGAGGCACUCCCUUCCUCAGCGAGAUGUCCGCGGUAGCGCUGCGAAUGCGCCGAGAAGCCCAUACAGAAUGGUUCCUGGUUCUGCUUCACCAGCACAGCCAAGCAACCCCUCGAAGCCAAGGCAAAGGGCAGCUGGAAUGCAUACUCCAGAAAGGAGGAGUCCAUCAGAGGGACAAGGUCAGCAUACUCCUAGAAGGAGCAGGAUGAAGCAGGGUGGCAGAGGCUAUGAUAUGCCUGAAGAUGAUGUAGCUGUUCCACCGUUUGGUGAGUGGGAUGAGAGCAAUGCAGCAUCAGGCGAAAAGUUUACCGGUAUCUUCAACAGGGUGAGGGAUGAUAAAUUGUCGCCAAACACUUCUACCAGGCAACCGGACACUAGUCGCAGUCAGGCAAAUAAGGUGAAACAGACAUGCCCUUGCUGUAUACUUUGAGACAAUGGGGAUAACAGAUAUUUCUGGAGAGCUUCCUUAGCUACUUAUGGAUCAGAUUGCUAUCCUUGUGAACUUUCACUGAACUCUGUUCAUGUGUUCUUUACAAGCUUAUUGUUGUUAGUGUGAGUAUGUAUCUGUAAUUGAAUUGUCCAAUCAUUUCGUUUCUGUGAUUAUUUGAAACAUAUAUAGGGUGCCAUUUGGCUCUGUGAAGCAUGGAGUGAGAAAUUUUCCUUGCUGAUAAUAAAAUAUUUCUAGAA